ACACACAGCUCACUUGUUCAUCCACUACUUUGCAUUCAAAUGGCAGAGUGAACACCCCUUCUUUUGAGCCAAGAAUCCACUGCCUCUCUUUAGUCAACCUUCAUACAUUUGGUGCUGAAGUUCAUCCCAGACAGGCCUGAGCUUUCCACGUCUGAUACCAGCCUAUAAACUCGUCACCGUGCGUCUUCCUCUGCGCGUAACCCAAGGAAACUCUACCCACGGGCGAGCGUUAAACCCAACACCAGCUCCGCUAAAUUAAUUCCGCUUUUUUUGUUUUACGUUUAAACAAACACUUAGUGUCAGAGGCCACCUCGUCACACACGCUGAUAUCCAGGUCAAUUCGAGGGUCAUGUGAUCUCUCUGAGUCCCGCACCGCCAGGGGGGAGGUGGAUCUGUUGGGAUUAGCCUCCACAGUCAACAAACCGGUCACACACACACACACACACACACACACACAACACUCACUGAUGGCUACAGGCUGCAAACACCAGACCACCAGCAGGUAAGAAAUCCUACUUCUGUUUUUAUUGAGAUUCUCAGUUGAUAUGAACACGCACUUGAGCUGGCGGUUAAAGCAAAAGAGGAGCACGUGUGCAGUGUCAUUCAGAGCAGCAAGCUGUCAAGGAUGAUCUCCUGAUCCCCUUUGAAUGGGUUUGACUCAAGUCAAUCUAGAGUCAGUGUUGCAGCCCUUUACCCUCAGUGUGAUAAUCAGCAAGGCAUAUUUUUCCACAAACUGUUCACAUCCUUCCCUCUCUCAGGUAGAGAGGUGUUACUUUUGGCCAACCGCUGUUCAUUUUCCCCAUUACUAUUCUAUUCAUAGAUCAGGCUAAGAAAAAGCCCAUGGGAUAGGAUUACUUCUCAGAGUGCACGCUUGGUGUGGAGAAGGGACUUGCCACCAGCUGAUUUCCUGCAUCAUGUAACUUGGUCAAAUGCUGUCUCUCAUUUGGUGUGUGAUGGUGGCACAUAGAGUAGUGUGAUGUGCUGGGAGCUGCAAGGUUGGUGGUUUGAAUCCCAACUGCCCCAUGUGCCGUGUCGAAGUGUCCCUGAGCAAGUCACCCAACCCCUAACUGCUCCCCAGGCAAAAAUGUAACGCAUGGGUUAUAAUGCAAUGUAAGUCGCUUUGGAUAAAAGCGUCAGCUUAAUGAUGUAAUUGAAUGUGUUGAUAUGGUUACAUCUCCUCCAUGUACAGCUACUGACUGCCAUGCAAUGUGUUUUGAUACCUCUCUUACCUGCUGUUUAUUUAAAAGCAUUGCGUGACACAUACAUCAGAGACCCUUCAUCGGCUCACCAUGGCAUCCAUGGAGGAGGAGCUCACCUGCUCUGUGUGCCGGGACUCCUUCAGCCAAGCCCACCCCCUGCCCUGCGGACACAGCUUCUGUCCCGCCUGCAUCCGCGAGGCCUGGGGCGGCAAGGGCAAGGGCAAAGGUCGCUUUACCUGCCCCCAGUGUCAGGAGGAGCACGGCGAGGUGCUGUGUGACUGCUGCCCUCCCGCCGCCGAUAACGGACAACCCCCGUCGGCUGUCAAGACCUGCCUGAGGUGUGAGGUGUCCUUGUGUGCCGCGCACCUCCGGCCCCACCUGGAGAGGCCGGCGUUCAGCAAUCACCUGUUGGUGGACCCGCUCGGGGACCUCUCCCAGCGAAGGUGCCCGACACACACAGAGAUACUGCGUUACUACUGCGCCGACGACAGGAUGUAUGUGUGCGGUGACUGUCUGCUGGACGGAGCCCAUGCUGAGCACAAAGUUAAGGCGCUGAGGCAGGUGGAGGAGGACCUGAAGGUCAUACUCCAGACCCUGCUCAGCAAAGCAAAGGAGAAGCUGAAAGAUGGAGAGCGAAUCCUCCAAGAGCACGAGAGUUUCGAUUCCAACAUGGCUGACGCGCUGAAGCAGGACAACACCCAGGUGGAGCGGCUGGGCUUGGACCUGCAGGUCCAGGUGAUGAGGCUGGUGAUCGCCCUGAGGGAGAUCACCAGGAGGGAGAGACAGCAGGUCGUAGAGCGCGUGCACGAAGACUGCUCCAAGGUGCGAAGCGAGAUGAGCCAGGCGCUGAGCAUCCAGCACUACCUGGCCUCGCUGCUGGCAGAGACGGACCCUUUCCUGCUCAUCUGGGCCUUUCAAUCCGAUGACACAAAGUUAGUAGCCGAUCUGAACAACCCACCCUUCAUCCCCGACCCCGUCAGUCUGGACAGGAAACACAUCUUGGAGGACAUAGAGAGCAAGUAUCGAGAUUUCAUCACCGGCACCCUGCGUUGCCUCAGUGAACUCAAGAGGGAGCUCUUAAGCAGUCCCCUGACCCUGGACACUAACACAGCCCAUCCUCUGGUGAGCAUCUCUGAGGACCUUCGCUCGGCGGCGCGGGUCAAAAGCCGCCUGCCCUACGGCGCCCACCCCGAACGGUUUGACCAUUGGCCGCAGGUCCUCACCGCCCAGACCAUCACCUCUGGGACUCACUACUGGGAGCUGGAGGCUCAGGGGUUCUGGGAUAUUGGCAUCUGCUAUCGAAGUAUUGGACGGAAGGGGAAAGAGGGCAAUGCUUUUGGGAACAACAAGGUGUCAUGGAGCUUGACGCAGCAGCAUGACAGGAGGCUGGCCGCCUGGCACAACCGCAGGAAGACCCGCCUCGCGUGCCAAAUGACUGGCAACCGAGUUGGCGUCGCCGUGGACUACGCCGCAGGUACCAUCACCUUCUCCGAGGUGGGGCCGUCGAACAACCUGAGCCACCUCCACACUUUCUCCGCCACGUUCACUCAGCCGCUGUGCUUGGGCUUCGGACUCUACAAAGCUGAGCUCAACAGUCACAUCUCUAUCGCCAAAGUCUGAGGAAGAGAAAAGGACCCUGACAAGCGCUGUGCUGGUUUAACUUAGAUUAAGCAGUGUCAAGACAAAGUGCUGUCGAUUGGUUACUCGACUCGAAAUCACACAACCUGCAACUUUGAGCCUCUGACGUUUUUCUCCUCUUACAUCUCCUCAUCUUCCUCCAUAAAGUGACAAAACCAUAUUUCCUAAAACUGUAAUCAAGUCAUAUUGGCAUGGAGAUAUGGAGAUAUCCGAGAAUAGCACAUUCACUGAGCAAAUAUGACUCGAUCCUAGCUGGACAGCCAAUGAAAAAGCUCCUUUGAAAAAGAACAAAAAUAUGUUUUGGUAACACAAUUGCUAGAUUGUUGUUCAUGUGCUUUUCAUUCCACAAAACUGCAGAUGAUUGUUGUGAUAACAAUGCUGAAGAAAGGAGUAAUAAACUGUGUGGGUUACUGGACACUAACUCUUCCCAUCCUUUGCUUAAGCAUCUCACACCUGAUGAUAGAGAUCAGGUGUCCCUU